GAUUCCAUUGGAAUAUUACAACUGAAGGUUCCAUAAAGGAUCAUUUUAUGAAAAAAUGUUCAAUACAAUACAGGGGUAUGUUAUGUGAAGCAAGAUCCUCUGAGGAGAAACGAAAAAAUAUCCCAAAAUCUAUUUGGGAGAGCUGGAAGCCUCACUAUGAUACUGAGGGUUUUAAGGCUAAAUCUGCACAAUAUUCCAAAAAUCGACGAAGUGAGAAAUGUGGUGAAGGAUCUGGUCCCUCUCGCCAUACUGGAGGCUCCCGGACUCACCGAAAGCAUGCAAGACAACUGGCGAAUGUUCUUGGACGACCACCUUAUCCGCAUGGACUUUUGAAGAAGACACAUACCAAAGGAAACAAUGAGUUUGUGGAUCUGAAGUCUAAGAGAACAUAUGAAAGGUGUUCAGGAGUGGAAGUUUGGAGACAGCUGAACGAAUUGCAGAAAAAGGGCAUCCAUGGA